UCCUUUUGCAGAAACGUGAUCAUGACGCGGGCCAACGAAGAGCAGAAGGCGGACCAUCAGAUCGCGCUGCCCAACAUCCGCAGCUACCCCGAGAACGCCGCCAUGGACUCCGAGAACCACAAGGACAACGACGACGACGACGACGAUGAGCGGCUGGACGUGGUCGGCACGACGGACUCCCACGGCGACCCCGCUCACGGCGAGCUGAUGGACUCGGACGUGUCGGGCGAGGAGACCAACAACAACGCCGCCGACGACUCGGGCCGCGACUCCGUCAAGCGGAAGAGCGACCUGGACUCCGACAUGGACGACGCCGGCAUGCUGGCGGCCCUGAAGAAGGCGGCGCCGGAGAAGGACGAGCCCUCGGGCUCGGGGGGCGCGGAGCCCACGCCCAACAUCAGCGUGGGUCCCCCCUUCCAGCCGCCGCACCUCCUGCCGUACCUGUACCCCCACGGGCUGUACCCCGGCGCAGCGCAGAGCCUGGCGGGCCUCCACGGCCUCAUGCUGCCCGGGGCCUCCAACUCCGGCCUCAACCCCCACGGCUUACAGCUACCUCUGCUAGGCACGGGCGCAGGGGCGCCGCCCCACGGCUCCUCCCCUCUCACUCCGCCGACCUCCCUCCCCGUGGCCCACAACCUCCUGCUGGCGCACAACCUGCUGGCGGGCGCCGGCCACCACCUCCUGGGCUCCCACAACUACCAAGGGCUGGCCGGCCUCGCGGUCUCGUCCGGCGGCGGCAGCGGCACCGCAAGCGGCUCCCUCAGCGCCGCGCCGCCCACGUCGUCCUCGCCGGCCGCGCCCUCGCCGCUGCUGCCCGACCGCCUCAAGCCGCCUCGCUUCACGCCCUACCUGCCCUCGUCCACGGCCGCCUCCCUCUCGUCCAUGCUGUCCUCGUCGCUCUCCUCGUCGUUGUCGUCCUCAUGCAUCACGCCCACGCUCUCGUCCUCGCUGAUCGGAGAGGCGCCCCUCGGCGGCUCCUCGGCUUUCCAGGCCGUGAGCCCCAAGGCGGGCUCGCGCCUGGAGGAGGGCGUCCGCCGCUCCGCCGCCCACGCAGCGAACGUCGCGUCGGAACUCAAAUCGAUCGAAAAGAUGGUGAACGGCUUGGACCGGCGUCCGGACUUACCGGACCCCCUGAAACUCUCUGACAAGUGAGGGCGGGCCCCCAGGGCCGCCUCCGCUCACCUGCACACCCACCUCGUGGCCGUCAACGCCCUGAGCGGUGGAUCCGUCUGCUCCUCCAGCCCCCUCUAGCCCUCCCCCUCCCGCCGCUGCUCCCUCGCGAUGGGCCGGCGGCCGUGACCCGGGCCGCGGGGCAGACGGGAGGCCAGGUCAGCCGGAGGGCGGGCCGCGGAAGGCCAGGAGGGCCCGGGCGGGUCACCGGGCCUCUCUCGCCAAUCAAAAUGCUACCAGUGCAAAUAAAUAUUCGUGGGCGACCCCAAGACGUGCACAAAGCUCCGGAAGCACGGUGUGUCAUGGUCGACACUGUGUUGUAUAUUGCACGUGUAAAUAGUCCGUAAACUACUUGUUAGUAGAGCGUAUACCAAAGAGCGGACCGACAGCAGCUGUUUGCGGGUGUAUGUCUGUGCGUGUACAUGUGUGCGUGUGCACCAUGAUCGCGUUGUGCGUGUAUAAUGUCAAGUAUACAGACUAAGUUUAGCAACGUGAAGUCAUGGCAGCGCCCACGAUAUAUAAAGUAUAGACAAAUGUAAAGUUUGUGUUGGACCUCCCAGUGCUGGCGCGCCGGUCUUCCUGGACAAAAUGUAUCUGGAAAAAAAAAAUAAUAAUAAUGCGAAAAAACAAUUAAUAAUCACAAAACCGAACCCUCGAGAGGUUUCCGCGGAAGCCACCAGUGAUAGUCGUGCUGACCCGUGUGUUGAAGAACCUGACUGACUGUGAACUCGAAAAGUGUCUUUGUGCGAGGCUAGGAAAAGCUUUUGACUGGUGUGCGCGUAACCUAAACCUGUCUUACCUCAUAACCGCCACCCCAGGCCGGUGUAGCUGACGGGGGCCCGGACUUAGGCCUCUGGAGGAUGUCAUAAACUAACCAUUAAAGAUUCUUAAAAAAAAAAUAAUAAAAAUACAUAAAUAAUAAUAAUAAUAAAAAAUCCAGUGAACUCUACGUAAGGUAGUUUUCUCAGCGCGCCGCUAGAGGGCCGCUGUAAUGGAAAUACUAUGGUGCUUUGUUUUCUCUGGGUGUUUUCUUAUUUUCAUUUUAAUAGACUGCCUACAAUAAAAAAAAGAACUUUAAAGAGAGGAGCAUCGUGAAUAUUUAACAUUCGUGUACAGGAGAAAGACAUUAUGAAGUGGAAAUUACGACUUGUCUCAGAAUAGAUGGUGUGAAACAAAAAAUAAAAUGUCGGUUAUCACUUGAGUAUAUGUGGGGUAAAAAAUAAAGAUAAAAACAUGAACCUAGUUCUUAGAUACCAUUAAAAGAAUGAUGCUAAUAAUCAUGUUUUUCAUUCUUUUUUUUUUUUAUUCAUUUUUUUUUAAUCAUCAUUACGUUGUUUUCGACCGUGGGUCAAAAUCCUUUAGUAAACCAUCCAGCAUUUUUAACACUUCCUGCAUCAGCCUCCAUGGAUCAAGAUUACCUGCUAUGACAAUAGGAUCACCGCCCUUAUCGACACCAAACGCCGUGACGGAGGAUAUUUGGUAUUCAACUCUCGUGGUAAACAUUUUUUUUUUUUUUUUAUUAAGUAGGAUAAGAAUAAUAAUAAUAAAAAAAGACCAUUAUAAGCCUACUGAACGAGACCCACGAUUUUUUUUCUUAUUAAAAAGAAUAUAUUGAUGAAUUAGCUAAAAACAGAGAGAUUUAGAUAUCAAAGAGCGGCUGAUCCAGAGGUAAAAAUAAUUAUACAUUUAAAAACCACAUCACCAAUUCAGCCUAAAAUAUACUCUAGGCCGACCAUCUAAUUCAACUAGUAAUUAAUUCAUUACAGAUUUGACAAAACAAGGGAAAUUAAUUCUCCAAAAAGAAUGAAAACAAUUUUUUAUGAAAUACUAAAAUAAUAAUGAUAUAUACAAAAACACAAACAGUUUUAAAACCAUAAAAACUGCAGCAUUGUUUAUAGAACCGCAGCCCGAUGGAUAUCAACAUUUACGAAAAAAAAGAAACAAGGAAAAUAAGAAAAAAAAAAAAA